UGCAACAAUAAAAGGACCCAGAAGAAAACAAACAUGGCGUCCUUCCAUAGUGAUGAGUGGAGAGCUAUAUGCGACAAAUUCAACAACGCCCAAAAUCUCACCGAAGUAGAAUCUAGAAAUGACCCAGAGAACGACCCGUUCCGUUCCAAGUACAAAGCCCGGGAACUUCUCAGAGAAAUCUAUUGUUCACUGAAGAGUUUAGAAGCUGGUGACGGUGAGCAGGACGGCGGAGAGAGCGGGGACCAGCUACCGACGGAGCAGCCGGUGGACGACCAAAAGGAGGAGGGUGUCUUCUCUCGGGGCUUCAGCGGUGACUCCCCAGCGGGGAAGCGAGUGGCCAAGCUCGGAGCUGUGGAAUAUUUUCUGGGCGUCAACCAUGUGGACACGGAGGAGCUGUCAGCCGGGCAGGAGCAUCUGAUGAACUGCAUGAAGCUGCUGGAGAGAUGCGGGGUGUCGUCGGAGAAUGUGUCGCUGUUCAUUAAUGUCAGGAACCAGCUGGGCAUCCUCUGGGCUGGCCGAGAUGAGACCGAGAUGGCUCAAGAGUACCUGGAAAAAGCGGAGUCCAUCUACCAGCGUUACAUGAAGGAGGAUGGGACUCCUCCCACCGACAUGACGGAGUACUUUAGUGCAGAGGAGAACCUGCUGACACACCAGGAAAGGAUCAAGAGGUUCGAGCUGGCCUACACCCACACCAUGUACUACCUCGCUCAAGUGUAUACAAACCUCGGUCAGAAAGAGCGUGCUGCCACCUACUGCCACUGCACCCUGCAGAGACAGUUACAGUUAAACCAGUUCAACCCGAUGGAGUGGGCUCUGAAUGCAGCUGCGCUGUCUCAGUAUUACAUCCCAAAGGGCCGAUACAUGGAGGGCAGGCAUUGCCUUGCAGCAGCUACUGUUGUUUCAGGUUUGGCUGGAGAGGUUCCGUCUGAGGCCGUAGCGCAGGAAAGUGAGGCGGAGAGCGAGCGCAGAGAACAGCUCAGACAGAAGAGAGCAGAGAUGGCGAGAUGUUGGAUUAAAUAUUGUCUAAAUCUCCUACAGGAUGCUAAGAAACUCCUGGAGGACAACAUCGGUGAGCUGGAUACGGAUCGUCAGGAUGAGCUGAGGAGAGCGAGACGACGACAGGAGGAGGAGGAAGAAAAAGGGAGGAAGAGUGCUCUGCUGUUUGGCUCUGAAGACACUUUUGAUUCUAUUGCAAGUGUGGAAGAAAAGGUCAUGUGUUUGCUACCUCUGGACUUCACGGAGGCCAGAUCGGUUUUUCUGGUGGGACAGAAUUAUGUCACGCAGGCUAAAGAGUACUAUCAGAUGGACGGCUACGUCACGGACCACAUCGAGAUUCUGCAGGACCACAGUGCUCUGUUCCGGGCCCUGGCUUUCUUUGAGGAAGACCUGGAGCGUCGCUGCAAAAUGCACAAACGAAGAGUCGACAUGUUGGAGCCGAUCUGCAACGACCUGAAUUCUCAGUACUACCUAAUGAUCCGCCGACAGCUGAUGUUUGAGUUGGCUGAGACCUACAGCGACAUGAUGGACCUCAAACUGACUCUGGCCAACAGACAAGCAGAUGCACAGGCCUCAGACAGCCACACCAUUAAGAAGUUCAACCAUCUCUGCUCUGCUUCUGCCAAGUUCUUCCAGAUGUUCCUGGAUUCUCUGUGUUCUCCCGAGGGAAAGCCUCCGGAGCACCUGGAGGAGGAGGUGCUCAGACCAGCUCUGGUGGCUAGGUUCAGAGUAGCCCGACUGCACAGCAAACUGAUCAGCUCCUCACCUGCCGUUCAGCUGGAAAACCUCGACAGCUCCCUGCAAAACUACAAGUACGUGGUGCAGUAUUGCGAGGCUCACCCUGAGGCAGCAGCUGCCGUGGAGACGGAGCUGGAGCUGAGCAAAGAGAUGGUCGGCCUCCUCCCUCUCAAAAUCAACCGCCUCAAAGCGAGGAUGGCCGCCAACAACUGAGCCUCUUCUGAAUGGCUGCAGAACCGAUUGCGUUCGGCUUUAUUCUGAUGUGCCAGUCGGUCAUCGUCAGUGGACGCUCCGCACUCAGAGGAACCAAACGCUACAUCUUUGGAUCCCUGUUCUAACUGUGUACCUUUUUCAGUGACGUGUUUUCCUCUGUGUAGUGAGCAUGCUGCUUUUUAAAGAUGCCUCUGUACGAUACAGGCUAUAUAUACUAUCAAAAUAAAAGUAUCAAAGGAAAAGGCAACUAAACACUAAAGCAUGAUUUUGUUUCCAAAUGUCCUGUUUACAUUCCAUCUGCAGAGCUGCAGCCUUUGUAGAUUUAUCACUAAACCAAUCAUUUAGCAGCGUUUUCUCAGUUUUCAUAGCAGGUGCGUUGACGUUUUAUAUGUAUGAAUUUAGUUCAUAUUUAUAAUUAUUGCACUAUGUAAAUGUCUUCUGGUUUUAACUGGUGGGACUUCUGUCAAGUCCCCAGAAGUCGUAUUGUUUCAGCUCCUCUCUGAUUGCAGCAGAAAUGUUGGUGCGUGCUAAAACUAGAAUUCUUGUGGCGUUGACAAUGAGCACCCUGAGGUGAGGAGCAGUCCAGUCGAUCCAGUUCUCAGAUUCUUCUUCUGCAAGUCAGCAGAAUAAAUCAGUAAUCUAGUAUUCUGCAGUACUAGUGUGUUUCUUAUCAAAGUCAUGAAAUGGGACCACAGUCUUGUGUUUAAGGUUUGAAGGAUCUCUUGUUUCUUUGCAGAUGAGAGUAAGAUUUGCAAAUAAAAGUUAAACUCUUUAAAAACCA